UGUGCUAAAUUUGAAAGACGAAGAAAUGGAUCUAUCAAAAUUGUUAUAUUUUAGCUAAAACAAACAAAAACUCUCAAAAAAUUGUAACACAAAUCAGAAAUGUAAAAUUUUUAGUGUUCAAAAGAUCUUCGACCGGAAAACAUCGGCGAAGAAAAUUGAUUGUCAGAAUCAGGCAUGCAGGGCGGGGAGACCAGCGCGCCCAAUUUUAAGGUACCCUCUGAUGACUUUCCCAAAGUACACAAAAAAUGCAACCACGUCCGUCCACACACCAGUCCACAUGUAUCACCAGAAACAACAGAUCCGUCUACUUCGGGCCUUCAAAAGACCAUCUCGGAAAAGGCCGACAUCAUGAGAAAAACAGAGGAGGAGACCAAGGAUGGAAGCGAACAGGAAGGCUCGGUCGCGGACUGGGUGACGGGCGGGCCCAUCGGCUCCAAGGCGGCCGUGCUCGUAUUCAGAUCCUGCGUCCUCGCCUCCCGGACGCCUUCCAUGGAGUCGGCGACCAAGAGCGUCGGGAACAACACGGGGAAUAACAUCCUCCUGAACAAAGCCAAGAAUAUGGCCAAAAGGCUAGUGUCCGAGCCGCACUCGUUGAGCGUCAGACCAAAGAAUAUAAUGCACGACGUGAUGGAGACGUUCGGUACCGGCACAAAGAUGAACGGGCAAGCUUACGUGGUUCGGCACGUGAGCGACACCGAGCUGCCCGAGGCCGCGCCCGUCGAGGAGCAGGGCCACGAGCCGGCGCACCACCAGCGCGACAUCGACGACGUGUUGCACGACCUCAGCAAGAUCACGCUCAAGAAGCACCUCGACGUCGAGAACACCACCGCCAACAUCAAACCGCCGGAGGACCCGCCGCCAAUUGAAAAUAAAGAAGACAAGAAAAACAAGAAAACUAAAGGAAAGAGCAAACUAAAAUUUCCACAAGUCAAACGAUGUAUAUCACCACAAGAAAGCCAAGAUUCGGAAAAUACGUUAGUGAAGGAAAUAGACAGUGUUAAGGUACUGGAGAGCAGCAACAUGCCGGCGCGCAUCCUGCAGGCCACCUACAAGCUGGUGAACACGGAGACCAAGCUGCUGCACCGGCUGCUGCAGGCGCACGGUCUGCAGGAGGCGCCGCCCGACUCCAAGGACUUCAACCUCAUGUGGGCCGGCCUGCACCCCAAGCCGGACGUCCUGCGGGCGCUCUCGCCCUACCAGAGAGUCAACCACUUCCCCCGGUCGUACGAGCUGACGCGCAAGGACAAGCUGUUCAAGAACAUCGAGAAGAUGCAGUAUUUCCGCGGCGUGAAGAACUUCGACUUCAUCCCGACGACGUUCCUGAUGCCCACCGAGUACAAGGAGCUGUGCACGGCUCACUACCGCACCAAGGGGCCCUGGAUCGUGAAGCCCGCCGCCUCCAGCCGCGGCCGCGGCAUCUAUAUAGUCAACACGCCGGACCAGAUCCCGAAGGGCGACAACGUGGUGGUGGCGAAGUACAUAGACCGGCCGCUGCUGAUCGGCGGACACAAGUGCGACCUGCGGCUGUACGUGUGCGUCACCUCCGUGGACCCUCUGCUCGUGUACCUGUACGAGGAGGGCCUCGUGCGCUUCGCCACCGUCAAGUACGACAAGAGCAACAAGAACCUGUGGAACCCCUGCAUGCACCUCUGCAACUACAGCAUCAACAAGUACCACACCGACUACAUCAAGUGCGAGGACCCGGUGGCGGGAGACGUGGGACACAAGUGGACGCUGUCGGCGUUGCUGCGCACUCUGCGCGCGCAGGGCCGCGACACGCGCACGCUCAUGGCCGCCGUCGAGGACCUCGUCGUCAAGUCGGUGCUCUGCUCCGCGCACACCAUGGCCGCCGCCGCCAGGGUCUUCGUGCCCAACGUCUUCAACUGCUUCGAACUCUUCGGCUACGAUAUCCUGGUAGAUGAAAAUUUAAAGCCUUGGUUACUAGAAAUAAAUCUGUCGCCCAGUCUGGCGUGCGAGAGUCCGCUGGACGCACGUGUAAAGUCUGCGCUGCUGGCGGACACGCUGACACUGGUGGGUCUGCCGGCCGUACCCCCGCCCGGACAUGACCUCGCCAGCCACAACAACUCGCUCAGGAUGAGGAUAGGCGCGUGCCGGCGUGUGCACUCCGCGGAGAACGUGUGCGUGCGGCGCGGUGCGGGUGCGGGUGCGGGUGCGGGUGCUGGGGGUGCAGGUGCGGGCGCGGGCGCGGGUGCGGGUCUUGCGGGCGAGGAGCUGCGCAUAGUGCGGGCCGUGCGGGCGCAGUACGCGCGCCGCGGCGGCUUCGUGCGCAUCUUCCCCUCGCAGAACUCCUGGCAGAAAUACGCCCAGUACCUGGAUCCGGUGACCGGCAUCCCGGUGUGCUCGACGUCGGUGAACAGCAGCGCGCCGUACGCGGCCCUGCAGCACAACUACAACCUGCUGGUGCACGCGCACGUGUUGCCGCACUUCCGGCAGGCCGCCGCGCACACCGAGCCCGACCUGGACGCCGACACGCCGCAGAGGCUGCGGCGCUACGAGACGGUGGCGAUAGCGGGCGCGGCGCCGGCCGUGCAGCUGGCGGAGAGCGCGCCGCCGCCGCGGGACGCUCGCCGCGCCAAGGACCUCAUCAAGCAGCAGCUGCUGGACGGACUGAAACUGACAGGCAGCGAGGGGCGGCGCGCGUUCGGUCUGUACCUGACGCACGUGCUGAAGCGCGUGUCGUGCGCGGGGGGGGAGCAGGCGGCCCAGCACGCCGCGCUGCUGCUGCGCUUCCUGCGCCGCGCCGCCGCCACACUGCGCAUGCCCUACAAUGUAAAGGGCCCGCCGGCGAAGAUGUGCGACAAGGACCGGUGCGCGGUGGUGGCGAAGCAGCUGAGCGACUUCCUGUACCUGUACUGCCGCGACGCCGACCUCUGCGCCGACGCCGACCGCCGCGACGGCUGCGUCUCCAACAUACACUUCGCCCAGUUCCUCUGCUGCGCCAGCGAGGCCGACCUCGAGGAGGUGCUGUUGCUCGUGCUGCGUCUCGAGAACCACGUCGCGCCCUUCCUCGGCGACGCCCGCAACCCCUACUGCGUCGACCUGCCGCCCGAGCGGCUGGCGGCGCGCGCCCAGCGCCACUCGCUGCUGCGUCUGCUGGCCGCCCUCGCGCCCCUCACCACGCGCCGAUACUACAGGCCGAUACCAGAAGGAGCUAAACGCGUGGAAGAAGAAGCGGAGUGCGAGCCUCAACCCGUCUCUCCGCAACGCCCCGCCUCGCCCUCCCGCCGCCCCUCCCCACCGCGUACAUAACGCCCCGCCCCACGCCCCACGCCCCACACCAGACAUGAUGCAGUCGACCUGGAGACCUGCACCCACCCUUGAACCUAUCGAAAUCUUGUACAAAACUGUAUCGUAACCUCGCGACCGCAACGGGCUGAGGAACUUUGUCUCUUGUCAUAUCCUCCUCUUGUCAUUGAUGAUGUUUGGAACAUCACAAAUCACGGUUCUUUUUUUCUCUGUUCUCUAACCUAUGAAAUUUAUACUGUGAACUUGUUUUCUAAUAUUUGCUUACAUUCCUGUCUCUAAAUAAUAUAAGACUUAGGAUCCUCGCCUUAACUAGCAAUAAAUAGUGUUAAAUAGAAACUAGCUGAGAAGAGUCUUAUGAAGAUGUAAACGUUGUGAUCCGACGAAGACGUCCUAAAUGUCGUGUCGCUAGUCUAGCGCUUAGAUCUUGUCUAGGAUAUGAUGAGAACAUCAUCACAUGUGACUUAACCAAAGAUUUAAAUACAUAGAUGGAGGCGUUAACGCAUUUCAGU